AUGAAGGAAGAAGAAGUUGAUCAUAGUAGUGGGAAUAUUGAAAAUGAAAAUGAUGAUGAUAACAUCAUCAACAUCAUUAAUUAUAACGACGAUAACUGUGAUAACAUAGAUUCUAUAAAUGAUGAUAGAGGUGAUUUAUCAUUUAAUAAUAUAACAGACAACAAAAUUAUCACUGAUGAUGAAAAGGAGUGCUUAUAUCUCGAAUGUUAUGAUGAUAUAGAUACAAAUAAUAAUGCUAAUGAUACAAAUAAGGUUAACAGUGGUCUAAAUAACUUGAAUAAUUACAAUGACGACGACGAGUUUAAUGACAUUGAUUUAAUUGAAAAUAAAUUUCUCGAUGAUAAUAUUGAAAAAAGGUCAAAAUCCACGGACUGCGCUCUGAAUACUAAAAAUAUUAUAAAUAAAAAAGAGAAUGAAAGCAAUUUGACUUGGGAAAAUUGGUUAGCCAGAAAAACAAAGAUACUAAGAGAAAAACAAAGAUUAAAAAAUUUAGAAGAACAAAGAAUAAAGAACUGUGAGAGAGAGAAAGAACUCGAUAAACAGAAUAAGAAGAAAUUAUUUGAAGAAAUUUUUCCAAAAAAGUGUAAAGUAUGGAGUGAGAAUUUGAAGAAGUCGAAGCAGAAGCGAAAAAUCGAUGAAUCGAAAAAAAAUGUCGUUCCCAAAAAAACUGAAACAGAAAUUAGCGAAAAUUUUAAAAAAUGGCUAAAGCAAAAAGCGGAAGAAGAAAAAUUAAAAAAGGAAAAGAUUAAAAAAGAAAAUUUACAAAUAGCCGAAAGCAAAAAAAAAUCCCACUCUUUUAAAUACAAAUACGAUCUUUGGUAUCGCAAGUACAUCGAUGACGUCACUUAUGACGGUAGCAAAAAUAACCAAAAUAACAAUACUAACAAUAAUGAUGAUGAUGAUAGGAAUAAUGAUAAUAAUAAGAGUAAUUAUAAUGAUGGAGGUGAUAUAAAACAUGUUGAUGGCUACAAAAAUGUCAAGAAUAAAAUCAAAGGUGAGAAUAAAGUUAAGGUUUCAGAGAAUUAUGAAAAAUCGAAAAAAAAAAUAAAGAAUUGCACAACAACACGAUCGUAUAUGGGAUGUUUUCUAUCUGUCGUGCACCACAGAGCUACGUAUAUAAAAUCUCAAAAUGACUGCAGUGUUUUUUGCACGUCUGAAAGUAAUACCAACUUUAUGGCACUGUCCAGAGGAAAGGAAUGUUACUGCAUCGACCGAGCAACCGACCAAGUAUCGACGAAUGUUUGCGAUUUGAAAUGUCCGAAUGGUAUCGAUUCCUGUGGCGGUGUAGCCGUAAGAUGGGUAGAAAGACAAGAAGGUGAAAGUCAUCUGGCGACGUUUUUCGAUGUUUUUGGUGGUUCAAACUGGUACGCUUUCAACCGGAAAAAACCGCCAUGCCAGCGGAUCCAACUCCAUUCGUCCUGUCUAUCGAAACACUCCAGCCAGUUGAACAACCUUCUCUGCUCCGUACCUUACCUCACAUCAUCUGGCAAAAAAACAUUUAGCCCUAAAACCUCACUUCCAAAAAUGAUGUCAUCGUCGUCGUCAGGACACGACGCCACACGACGCCACACGACGCCACACGACGCCACACGAUACCACACGAUACCACACGACGCAAUUAGACACACUGAAUUCACACACCAAACCAACCAGCACCACACAUUUUUAAGACCAAAAACUUCACACAAAAUUCACACACCACAUUCGCACAUCUUCGGCACAAUCUCACACACUUCACGACGCACGUUGCAGAUUGCGAUGGAGCUUCCCGAAGCUGUGGCGGACAACUGGCGUGUGGGAAUGUGCAAGUGA